GAGGGUGGGACUGGCAAGAUUGGUUCCCCACCUAUAGACUCCUGUUGUGUUGGCUACACUUUCCAGGGGAUGGUGGAAGAUUAUGAAAAUCUCUGCUAUGUAUACAGAAACAUGGAUGGUGCUAUCAUGCAGCAUUCCCCCAGGGAGCCUACCUGCUCCAUCUGUCAGGAUUAUUUCACAGACCCUUUCACCCUUGGCUGUGGGCACAGAUUUUGUAGUCCCUGCAUCUGCCUCAGGUGGGAAGAGGCCCAGACUCCUGCUUGCUGCCCUGUCUGUGGGGCAGUAGCACCACAGAUGGACUUCAAAAACACGAUUUUCGCUAGUAAGAAAGUUCCUCUUACUGUAGGACCCAUCUUUUACCAGUUAUUAAGCUCUGACAUGCAGAUCUGUGGGAGACACCAGGAAAUCAAGAACCUCAUCUGUGGAGCUGAUAGGAGCCUGCUGUGUUUGCUCUGUACUCAGUCCCCAGAGCAUGCCAAUCACAGACACUGUCCAAUACAGAAGGCUGCUGAAUACCACAGGGAGAACCUCCUGAUACAAAUAAAGGCUAUCUGGAAAACAAAACAGAAAAAUCAACGAAAUCUAAACAGAGAGACCAACAUCAUCAGAGCAUGGGAGGGUUUUGUCAACCUAAGGAUGGUGAUGAUCAGGGCUGAAUAUCCUAAGGUGUUUCAGUAUCUGCAUGAAGAAAAACAAAAGCAUCUAGAGGUCCUGGCUCAUGAAGGCAAGGUGAUUCUUCAUCAACUCAAGAGAAGUGAAGCCAGAAUGGCUCACAUGGGCAAACUGCUGCAAGGACUGUAUAAGGAACUGAAGGAGCUGUACCUUAAAGCAGACGUGGACCUGCUGCAGAAUUUGGGAGACAUAAUGAAAAGGAUUGACCUAGUGCAGAGGUACAUGCCCCAGCCCCUGAAUCCGAAGCUCAGUGCAUGGGCCAUCACUGGGAUGUCAGAAAGGCUUAACUCCUUCAGAGUGUAUAUUACCUUGGAUCGUAGGAUAGGCAGUCAUCACAUGUCUCUGUUGGAAGACCUGAGACGUCUGCAGUACAGCCCUGACGAUCCUGGCAUGGCCUGUAAUCCAGCGCCUUCAGAGUAUGCUCCUUCAUGGGGAGCGCAGCUCUUCACUGCUGGCAAGCAUUACUGGGAGGUAGAUGUGGGAAGCUCGUGCAACUGGGCUAUAGGACUUUGUAAAGAAUCCUGGACAGAGAGGAAUGACAUGCGACUUGACUCUGAGGAUAUCUUUCUACUUCUGUGUGUCCAAGUGGAUGACCAUUUCAGUCUCUUCUCUACCUCCCCACUAUUACCCCACUAUAUUCAAAGACCUCGGGGCUGGGUAGGGGUAUUUGUGGAUUACGAAUGUGGUACAGUGAGCUUUGUUAAUGUGGCCAAGAGUUCCCUCAUUUGUAAUUUCCUCUCACAAGUCUUUUAUUUCCCUCUUAGACCUUUCAUUUGCUGUAAACCCAAAUGAUUCAGGGACAGCUCACCAAACUAUACAAGGUCUUGGGAAUGCUAGUAGCUGAGGAGAUUUCUUUAAUGGGGACUAUCAAUUAUAACUCAUUGUCUUUAACCUCAUUUUAUC